AUGCCUCAGAUGUUAUUUUUGAUGAAAGAGGAAAUUUUACUUGCAGUACAUAGAAUCAAAAUAUUUACCUUUCAAUUUUAUGCUUCAGUUGAUUCCUUUCGACCCUUUGUAGAACCAAGAAACAGCUCAACUUCGAGAUUUCGCAAUGUUCGUUGCUCUGAAGCCCAUCACAUAUCACCCCAGGUGUUCUUUUAUGAUCUGUCUUGUGCUUGCAGACAACAUAAAAUGCAAAAAAAAUAUGUAAUCAACGUCAAUGAUUCUCAUAGCACCUUUCUUAUAGGGUAG